AUGGUGGCAGGAUUCGCCCACGCACCCAUCACCAAGGGCAUCGUCAUCGUCGUCUCCAUAAGCUCUGUCCUCAUCUCACUCUUCCAACUCAAGCCGUUCGUGCACCUGCAACUCGAUCCACACAUCUACACCCACCAUCAGUGGUAUCGACUGGUAACGCAGCACUUUGCAUUCACGAACUCGUCCGAGCUGCUGUUGGCGCUGCUACUGCUGUACAAUGCAGGAGUCAAAGUGGAGAGGACGUUCGGGACGUUUAAAUUUGCCAGCUUCUUGACGAUUGUGACUGCGGUCUACACGGCUGUGCAGGUGGUGUCGCUCGGGUUGGGAUCUUUGCUGCUGUCGACAACUCUUGCUGGAGAGAAAGAGGGCAAAAAUCCUGACGAGAGCCCAUUCUGGCUGGUGCAAGGUCGCACACCUGCCGGACCCUGGGGCCCGCUUUGGGCCAUCCUGUGGCAGUAUCACUGCAUCAUCCCCUACCUCUGGUCCUUCCAAGUCGGCCCCUUCGUGUUCACGGACCAGCACAUCCAGACAUACUCUCUCGCCGCCCUGCUCGCCAUAGCACAACUUACGUCGUCACUAUUCGUAUCAUCGCUCGGCAUUCUCGCAUCCGCACUCUACCGCUCCAACACGCCUCUGCUGUGCGGCCUGAAAGAGUGGCGUAUCCCACUCCGGCUCUACCGCAUCUUGGCGCUGCUGUCGAGGCCAUGGAUCGGAUCCACACGGUUGCCCCAGAGAUCGUGGCGCGCCGAACCGCCGGUGCGCAGAACGCUGCAGGUGAGGGAGGCCAGAUUGGCGGAGCAUAAUGCUGCGGUGGCCAAUUUGAACAGGUCCCGUGGAACGGUGGGUGGGUUGGGCGCGUCGAGGAUUGCUAGUUUGCUUAGGAGGAGGACAGCGGGCAGCUCUACAGUGAAUGCAUAUUCUGUGACAGGGCUGGGCCAGCCAGGCGAGGAACUUCAGAGCCGGCUUGGGCCAGCGGCAGCAACGGUGCAGGAUGCGACAAGAGGCUGGAACGACCUCCCACCACCGCCACCGCCACCACCACCGUCCGACGCGGGACCACGUGUCAAUGCACCGCACCAAUCAAGUCAAGAUUCAUCUGCGUGA